AGGAAUACGCUCGGACCUUCACCGCCGCCGUCAGCAACUCCAGUUGGGUACGCUGAGGUGCUUGCGCAAAGAGGUAAGAGAGAAUAUCAGAGCAGAUUGACAACACACAAACGAAGCUUAACUGACGGGAUGGACUUCUUACCGCGCAGCAAAGAUGAGCCAAGUGUUCUUCGACGGCAGCUAUUGAUUGAGCUGUCUGUGCUGCGACGUCGCUACGCACAGCUGUCCGACGAGGUGAAGGACAACCAAAUCAACGAGGCCGACUCCUCCAACCCGCGUCUUCACCGCGGCCCCGCUGCGUUGUUGUCUGGCAGCGUGACAUCAGCCGAGGUCGAGGAGGAUUCCGGGGCACUCGGCCAGAGCGAUCGGGACGCCAUUGAGGCGCUAUUCCACUCGAUGGACGACUUCACGCGGGAAUUUAACGAAGGCAAAGGCGGUCUGGAGCGCGACGACAUAGUAUCGAAGAUCAUGCGCAGCAACACGCCAAACCCGUAA